GGGGAUCCUCGUGGUGAGGUGAUUGGUUGACUGUUAUGUCGACGUCUGUGGGUUCAUCAUGAGGUGUCGAUGGAUGCGCAGCUGCGGGUACUUCGGGAAUGCCGGGGGAGAGGGUGGGAAUGGCUUGGCCCUGAAUGUGAGAUGACCCUUAUGAGUAAUCGCCCCUUAUUUUAGUGCAUCCGUCGGAUAGACUCUCCGCGAGCCGCACACAAGACGUAAGCCGAGCCCACUCAGCCGAGACAAGUUGAACAUGGAAAUGUCCGUAGUUUGGGCUGUCCUCUGGAGACGCAGGAAUGGAUUGUCCGUUGCAUGGCAGCGAAUGCGAUAUGAUGAGAGGAAUGUGCGUUUGUGUGUCCGCGCCCUGAUCACAUCUUCCUCCUUCCCUCCCUCCACCCAGCUCUGGUUCAUCUUCCCCCGCAGCUCACAGUCCCCGGACUACCAUGGGGCAUCCCGACCCUCAGCUGCCAGACCACGCCCACAACAACUCGGCUGUUCCGGUCAAUGGCUCCUCCACCACGAAUACAGGCGCCGCAGGAGCAGGAGCACCAACGGGCGUAAAGGGAAAAGGAAAGGGCGGCAGGGGUGGCAGGGGCAUCGUCAAGGGCUCGGCGAGCAAGAAGCCCGCAUGGCUCGCCUGGCUCUCCAAUUUCGGCGUCGAGUCCCUGUUUUCUGGCAAGCGCACGCCGGGCGUGCCCCGCACGGUCUACUGCAACCAGGACCUGCCCCCGGAGUACUACGACCACAAAGGACGGCCACACAAGGAGUACGUGUACACGCCGAACCAGGUUAUCACGUCCAAGUACACGAUUAUCACGUUCUUGCCGAGGAACUUGCUUGAGCAGUUCCGGAGGGUUGCUAAUGUCUUCUUCGCCGCCAUCGCCAUUCUCCAGUUUUUCCCCGAAUUCUCCACCAUUUCUCCUGGACUUGUUCUCCUCCCACUCAUCAUCGUCCUCGCCAUCACCGCCGUCAAGGAUGGGUACGAAGACAUCAAGCGGCACCAGUCCGACAAGAAGGUCAACCACACCCCCGUGCAAGUUCUCUCUGGCGGCGCCUGGGUCAACCCGAACCACACCGGCGCAAAGUCCAAGACAUUCGUUCGCGGUAUUGUUCCCUCGCGGAAUAAGAAACGUAAGGAUGUCGAGGAUGAGGAACAGGAUCCCAGCGCACUGGAAGCGGGCAUGAGCCGGACGAACACCAACACCAACAUAGAUAUAGCUGAGGUCACCCCAAAAGCCGAGCGUCGGCGCAGCCUCGCCUCCGUUUUCGGCGGCGAGUCGAAGAAAGGCGCUCCGUAUUGGAAGAAUAGCCUUUGGGAGGACGUCCGUGUGGGUGACUUCGUGCGCAUACUGGAAGACGAGCCCAUACCAGCGGACAUGCUUCUAUGCGCGACAUCUGAAGAGGAGAACGUCGCGUUCGUGGAGACGAAGAACCUCGAUGGCGAGACGAAUCUCAAGUCGCGCAACGCGUGCUCCGCGCUGACGGACCUCAGCAGCGCUGCUGCGUGUGCGGACAGGCGGAACGAGUUCGCGGUCGAGCUGGAUCGUCCGGAUAUCAACAUGUACAAGCUCAACGGGGCCGUGGUGCGCGACGGGGCCAGGGCGGCUGUCGAUCUGCAGACGGUGUUGUUGAGAGGGACGGUGCUGCGGAAUACGAAGUGGGCGAUCGGGGUUGUGCUGUUUACGGGCGUGGAUACGAAGAUGGUGCUCAACUCGGGCGGGACGCCAAGUAAGCGGAGUCGGGUGGAGAGGCAGAUGAACCCUCAGGUGCUCUUGAACUUGGGUCUCCUCGCGCUCAUGGCUGUCGCCUGCGCCAUCGCGGAUUCGUCGAUCGAGAAGGUCCAGUAUCCCGAGGGCGCACCAUGGCUCUACAACGACGAUGUAUCCGACGACAACCCGCGCGUGAACGGCAUCAUCACCUUUGCGUUCGCGCUCAUCACGUUCCAAAAUAUUGUGCCCAUCUCGCUCUACAUCUCCAUCGAGGGGGUCAAGACGUGCCAGGCGCUGUUCAUCUACUUCGACUAUGAUAUGUAUUAUCAGAAGACGGGCCAGGCAACGCUUGCGAGGAGUUAUAACUUGUCGGAUGAUCUUGGGCAGAUCGAGUACAUCUUCUCGGAUAAGACGGGGACGUUGACACAGAACUGCAUGGUGUUCCGGCAAUGUUCGGUCGGCGGUGUAGCCUACCGGGGAGACCCCGAAGACGAGAAGGAGGACUACGAAGACUCGGACGUGCUCGUCAAGAAGGGCGCGCCGGAAAAACCCAAGGACAUGCGGCCCUCGUCUUCCGACUCGACAGCAGCAUCUACCUCGGCCUCGGGCAACGGCGGCGUUCGGCACCACGAAGGGCAGGGCGACGUGCCCGACCCGCUCGCGGCGACGGACGUGAAGCUCUCUGCGGGCGUGCUGAAGCGGUUCAAGGACGCGAACCUGGCGCAGGACCUCGAGGCGUCGGCCAACGCGGAGCCGGGCACGGAGAGCGCGGCGCACGCGCGCGCGCUCAACGGGUUCUUCACUGUGCUCGCGCUGUGCCAUACGGUGAUCGCGGCGAUCGACGGGCAGACGGGCGCGCUCGAGUAUAAGGCGCAAAGCCCGGACGAGGCGGCGCUGGUGCAGGCGGCGGCGGACGUGGGGUUUGUGUUCCGCGGGCGCGAUCGCGAGAUUUUGUUUCUGCAGACGCCAUUUUCGCCCGAGGUGGAGCGGUAUGAGCUGUUGAAUAUUUUGGAGUUUACGAGCGCAAGAAAGCGGAUGAGCGUUGUUGUGAGGAAGUUGCCGUCGUCCUCGGAGGGGCAGGUGGGCGAAGAGGAGCAGGAGAGCGCGGGGAAACUGUUUUUGCUUACCAAGGGCGCGGAUAACGUUGUGUUUGAGAGGUUGAAGGCGGGCGCGGAUGAGAUGAAUAAGACAACGGAGGGGCAUUUGGACGAGUUUGCGAAUUCGGGGCUGAGGACGCUUACGUUGGCGUACAAGGUUAUACCUGAGGACGAAUACGAGGUAUGGAGCGAACAGUACCACGAUGCUCUUACGGCUCUGGACGAUCGCGAGGAAAAGGUCGAAGCUACUUGUGACCUCAUCGAGCGUGACCUGCGCUUGCUGGGUGCGACGGCGAUCGAGGACAAGCUCCAGGACGGUGUGCCGGAGACAAUCGCGGAUCUGAAGGCGGCGGGCAUCAAGGUGUGGGUCGCGACGGGCGACAAGCUCGAGACCGCUAUUGCGAUCGGCUACAGCACGAACCUCAUCGCGCACGACUCGAAUAUCAUCAUCAUCCGCGGCGGCAGCGACGAGGGCCGACCGGUCUUCCAGCAGAUGGUGCAGGCCGUCGAGGACUAUUUCCCGGAGAGCGGUAUUCUCGAGGAUGAGGACCUUAUGAGCUUUGGCAGCAACGAGCCCAAGGAGCCGGCGGAUGCGCUGGAUUCGAGGCCUGUGCCGAUGCGCAGGCUGAGUAUGGGUGUCGCGUCUGUGGUUGGGGAGGGCAAUGGCGACCGUCCGGGUGGAUAUGUUUUGGUUAUUGAUGGUACGGCUCUGAACCAGGCGCUCGCAGAUCAACAACAUCGCGACUUGCUCCUAAACCUGGCUAUGGAAUGCGAAGGUGUCAUCUGCUGUCGCGUCUCCCCACUGCAAAAAGCGCUCGUGGUCCGGCUCGUCAAGGACGGCCUCGGCGUGAUGACGCUCGCGAUCGGCGACGGCGCCAACGACGUGAGCAUGAUCCAGGCCGCGGACGUCGGCGUCGGUAUUUCCGGCGAGGAGGGUCUGCAGGCCGUCAACUCGGCCGACUACGCGAUCGCGCAGUUCCGGUUCCUGAAGCGGUUGUUGCUCGUGCACGGGCACUGGUCGUACGCGCGCAACGGGACGAUGAUCAUCAAUUUCUUUUAUAAGAACAUUCUUUGCAUUGGUGUGCUGUGGUGGUUCCAGAUUUAUUGCGGGUGGACUUCGGCAUAUGCGUUCGAUUAUACGUAUCUGCUCUUUUGGAAUUCGUUCUGGACCAUCGCGCCUGUGCUUGGGAUCGGUCUUUUCGAUCGUAUCGUUGAUGCUGACGUCCUGAUGGCGUUCCCUGAGCUCUACCGGUUUGGUAGAGAGCGCACCUGGUUUUCAUUGAAGCAGUUCGGGAUUUACAUAUUCGAUGCUGUCGUACAGUCGGUCGUGAUAUUUUUCCUGAUGACAUACACGUACAUGACCACCACUGCGCGAUCUGAUGGAUACGAUGUCGCCCAGUAUGAGUACACAACUACCAUGGUUUUCGCCGCUGUCACGACUGCGUGUCUGUUCAAUGGUUUGAACACGAAUGUGUGGACCGGUUGGGUCUUCUUUGCGGUCUUCAUUGGUAUCUUAUUGUUGUGGUUGUUCACGCUGGUGUACAACUCAAUCAGCCCGGGUUGGUUCAUUACCGACGUUUUCGGCAACAACCACUUCCUCUUCCGAUCGGCGUACUUCUGGCUCGCUCAGCCGUUGAUCGUCCUGCUCUGCCUGCUUCCCCGUUGGCUCUACCGCGCCGUCCAACUCGGCUAUGAUCCUGGAGACCUUGAGACCCUGCGUUAUCUCAAGCGCAUGAACCCCAACCUUGACCUCGCAUCGUUACGCGAACAGGAUCGCGCUGGUCUCUUCCGAACGUCGACCUGGGAGCCGCGCCGAUCCACAUCGCGAGCAUCAAGACGCAUGUCGUCGAGAUUGUCUCGUCCAGUAUCGAUCCGCUCGCGUCAGUCGUACAUCGAAGGCGGCGAUAACAUGUCAAUACGAAGUCGCAGUCGGACGCCCAUAGACCCCCGACGCGCGAGCCGGGUAGACAUGGCUACCGGCGCGACGUCGGUACAUCGCGGGUUCGACUUCUCGACUGAGGAGGGCGGCGUCGCGAUACAGCGGAUCCAGAGCAAUCUCUCCGAGAAGCGGGCGAGCAGUCGACAUCUGCCGCUGCCGAAGUCGAAGCUGGGCAGUUCACUGUCGAAACGCAAGGUUUCGCUGAAGAUGCUGCCCUCGUUGAGACGCAAAAAGCCUUCAACGGCAACGACGGGGAGCAUAGACGAAUAGUCGUCGUAUCAGCAGCAUUUAGAUUUCCCUUCUAUUUUCCUUCCUCCCUUUCUGAUGCGUAGAAGUUUUUUCCCUCCGCACAUGUCCCCCUGCUUUUCUCGCAUUCGCGUUUCGACCCGCAGCAUACCAUCAUCCCUCACGACACCGAUGUACCGUUUAACCCACUGUAUUCUUUCCCUCCCAUCCCGUUACCCGUCAGCUAGCAAGCACCCACUAUUUAUCCCUCGUGUUAUUGGGUUUGUUCAGGCAAACAACUCGUUGGAUCUCAUGGACAUAAAUAACUUCUAAAUAUCUUACUGAUUUUACAACCUUAACUCC